UUUGGUGCUGAUGACUGUUCCGUGAUCUCUCAAUUGUAUUUACAGGCCAUAUCUUUAAAUUGCUUUGGUUCUUCCUAUAUUGUAAAUAACUUCAUUGACUCACUCUUUCAUAAUUUUGUUGCAGGAUCAAAUGAUAGUCCAGUUAGUGGAAUACGUAUGCAAGAAUCAAGAUGCUUGAUGAACAAUGAUAACUCAAAUCAUGUAACCUUAUCUAUGAAUGUGUCUUCAGCACAGUACUAUGGGUUGGAUGUUCAGACAUCACACGAUCAUGGACUUGCCACAGCGUCUGAUGUUACUUUCCAUUCUCUGCCAACAAUGCACAUCAACGGUGAGACAGCAGCAGUUGAGUUGGGAAGUACGCAGGAUGAGCAGAUGUUUCCACCUGACAUAGGGCUCACUGUGUUGUCUAAAUCAUGUCCGGAACUGAUCUGCAGUGAAGGAAAAAAUCAAUCAUUUUCAAAUAAAGAGGCUCUCUAUUUUCAUAAGAAUGAGGGUAACGCUGGUAUGCAGAGAAAUUAUUUCCCCCCUCACUGGUCAGUUGAGGCAGUUAAUGAGGCAAUAGAGAAGGGUGUCGCUUUUAAAGCAUCGUUUCGUGUGAAUGCUUAUAAUCGUCUUGAGGCUUACUGUACCAUUGAAGGUGUCCCAACAGAUAUCUUUAUCAGUGGAGUACCUAACCAAAAUAGAGCUGUCGAAGGAGACAUUGUAGCAAUUACAGUGGAUCCUCUGCCAUUUUGGAACAGGUUGAAGGGGUCAGUGGGCCAUUCCAACAAUUCUGUCUCCAUUGAUGAUUGUAAUUUGCUCCCAGAUGUUGUGGGUGGCCUGGGGGAGAACUGCAAAGGGAAAGAUAAGCUUGGUACUGAUUGUGAGGAUUCCUUCAAUGGAAAUGUUUUGCUUGUUCCAGAUAUGGGGUGUCAUGACCACGACAGGGCCUUUGCUUGUGAAGCUGUUAAUUCAGAGCUCAGAGUUGGCUCUAGGAGUUUUUAUAAUGGGUCAAAUGGGCAUUGUUCCUCUGCUUCAGGUCUGUCAAAAGUCGGUUGUUCCCCUGAGCUGAAUGAAGCGUCAAAUGCAGUAGGCAAGCUAUGUGCAAUGCUUAGUUUAUUCCCAUCCAAGCGGCCGACUGGUAGGGUUGUAGCUAUAGUUGAAAGCUCUCGUCGCCGUGAUGCUGUUGUGGGUUUCCUUGGUGUUAAGCAGUGGCUCAGCUUCAAGGAAUUAAACAAAAAGGAUGCUAAGAAGAACAAGAAUUCCAUGCCAUUCUCUAGUAGGGAAUACAUCAAGUUGACACCCAUCGAUCCAAGAUUUCCUAAAAUGAAUGUCUCUGUAAAAAGCUUGCCAGAUUGCAUCCAGGAAAGAUUGAGAGAUGGUGAUUCCAUGGUUGAGAUGGAAUUAGUUGCCGCAAGAAUUGCUGAUUGGAGGGAAGAAAGUUGUCUGCCUCAAGCACAUGUCAUGCAUAUUCUUGGACAUGGUGGAGAAAUUGAGUCACAGAUUGCUGCCAUUUUGUUUCAGUAUGCUAUUCGUCAUGAUGAUUUUUCUACGGAGUCACUUUCCUGCCUGCCAAAUGUUCCAUGGGUGGUGCCUGGGGAGGAAUUGGAAAGACGAAAGGAUCUUAGAAAUCUUUGCAUAUUUACUAUUGACCCUUCUAGCGCCCGUGAUCUUGAUGACGCUCUAUCAGUUGAGAAGUUAUCAAAUGACAUUUUCAGGGUGGGUGUCCACGUUGCUGAUGUAUCAUUUUUUGUCCUGCCAGACACAGCCUUGGACAUAGAAGCUCAAAUGAGAUGUACUAGUGUAUACCUUUUGCAACAUAAAAUACCAAUGUUGCCUCCGUUGCUUUCGGAGAACUUGGGCUCACUUGUACCUGGUGCAGAUAGACUUGCUUUUUCUAUUUUUUGGGACAUCGACCUUAGUGGGAACAUUUUGGAUCGUUGGAUUGGCCGUACUGUGAUUCGUUCAUGUUGCAAGCUCUCAUAUGAUCAUGUGCAGUACAUAAUUGAUGGAUCGAUCAAUGUUGAGAAUCUUAGAUCCGUAGAAAAUGGGUGGCCUGCAUUACAUGGUCAGUUUGGUUGGCAUGAUGUUUUUGGGUCUGUUAAAAUCCUUAAUAAAAUUUCUCAGACAUUGAAAGACAAUAGAUUCAAAGAUGGGGCUUUGCAUUUAGAAAACUCCGAACUUGUUCUCUUGUUUGAUGAGUGUGGAAUUCCAUAUGAUAGUAAGCUUUAUGAACGGAAGGAUUCCAACUUUCUUGUAGAGGAGUUCAUGCUCUUGGCAAAUAGGACAGCUGCUGAAGUCAUAUCUAGAGCUUUUCCUGAUUGUGCAUUAUUGCGUAGGCAUCCGGAACCUAAUUUACGGAAACUUAAAGAGUUUGAAGCAUUUUGGAGAAAGCAUGGUUUAGAAGUAGACAUUUCUUCUUCUGCCCAGCUUCAGCGUUCACUGUGGAAGAUCAGGGAAAAGCUUAAGGAUGAUCCUGUUUUAUUUGAUGUUCUCAUCUCAUACGCUUCUAAGCCGAUGCAGUUGGCUGCUUACUUCUGUACUGGAUAUUUAAAAGAUAAGGAAAAUGAAUGGGCUCAUUAUUCUUUGGCUGUCCCUCUCUACACUCAUUUCACGUCCUCAUUGCGUAGGUAUCCUGAUAUUGUGGUGCAUCGAACACUUACAGCAGCUAUUGAAGCUGAAGAUAUGUAUCUGAAGCAACAAAAGGUGCAGCAGCUUAAAUUAAUUAAGGGGAAGCAUAUCAAGCAGAAGUGUUUCACUGGUAUAUACUUUGACAAAGAUGCAGCAGAAUCCAAAGAUGGCCGUGAGGCAUUAUCAGCUGCAGCAUUAAUGUACAGAGUCCCCUGUACAGAAGUGCUUACAGAUGUUGCUGCUUAUUGCAAUGAGAGGAUGCUGGCUAGCCGGCAUGCUGAGGAUGCUGGUGAUAAACUCUACCUCUGGGUUCUUUUGAAGAAGAAAGAGACUUUAAUAUUAGAAGCCAAAGUCAUGGGUCUCGGUCCAAAAUUCAUGAAUAUCUACAUUCACAAGCUCGCUAUUGAGAGACGAAUUUACUAUGAUGAUGUUGAUGGCUUGACAGCUGAGUGGCUUGAGACAACAUCUACGUUGGUGCUUGAUUUAUGUAAAAACAGAAGACCCUACAAGAGAGGCAGUCCUGGCAAAUGCAAGGCACUUGAAGAUGUUAUGUGGGUCAUUAGCUCAUGUGACCUUAAACCUAACCAGUUUGCUUUUGAAAACAGCGUUCCCGAGGAAGGCACAAACCAAGGAGUAGGAGCUAUUCAUGUAGCAUCGGAGGAACAGGACCCUAGGUUCAAGUCUGGUAUUUCAGAUGCCAGUGAAAUUGAACCUGCCGUUUUUCCUAUUACAGUCCAGGUCUUUUCAACAGUCCCGGUCGUGAUGCUUGCAAUUGGAGGGGAUGAUGGACCACUUGACAUAGGGGCAAGGCUGUACAUGACCUCAUACUUUGGGUGACCCAGGGUUGGAGGAAUCUGGUAAUCUUUGUUAUGAGAGUAACGUGGUUUAUUUAUUAGUACUCAAGGGCGGAAAAAUGGGAAAUGCAGUUAUAUAUAGGAGGAAAAGUACUGUAGAUACUAUUAGCUGUAUAGUUCAUCUCCAGUCCAGGUGGGUGGUUUAAGUUGUGAAUAAGAUCUGGUGGGAGCCGUAGAUGUAAUGUAGGGUUAUGGCUUGGCUUUGGUUUUAGUGGCUUUUCUUUUAACUAAGCUGCUUUUGGAAAUUGGCCUUGUUUUUUUUGGUUGGCCAAUCCAAUCCAAUAUCACCUUGACUACUAUUGCCCAUUUCUGGCACGUGGAGUGCCAGAGCCAAACCCAUUAGUAGUAUUAAUGUCUUUGAACAGAAGCCCAAGUACUUUUCCUUGGCCUGUGUUAAUAGUUCAGUGUCUUGUAUUUGCGAAGAUUAUUUUUUGUGUAGCUCAAGUUGAAAUACACGGUUUUAGUUACUUCAAAAGAGGAAAAAAAAAAAGUGUUAAAAGUACCUUGGUGAGUAAAAUACUUAAGAGUUUCUGUUAUUAGAUACUACUAUGGAUUAUUCUGAGUAAUUAUUCCAUUAAUUGAAGUUUUAUUUUCAGCUCGAUUGCUAAA